AUGAUCAAAUUCAUUUUAAUGGUCAACAAACAGGGUCAGACGCGACUCGCCAAAUACGCGGACUUUCUAACGAUAAAGGAGCGACAGGCUAUUGAGAACGAGCUCAUUCGGAAGUGUUUGUCGAGGAGUGAGAGCCAGUGUAGUUUUUUGGAGUAUCGGAGUUACAAGGUCAUAUACCGUCGAUAUGCAUCUCUCUACUUCAUCAUGGGAGUUGACGGUUCCGAUGAGGACAACGAGCUGGCCUAUUUGGAAUUCAUACACAUCCUUGUAGAGACUCUCGAUAAGUAUUUCGAGAACGUCUGCGAACUUGAUAUUAUGUUCAAUUUGGAGAAGGCACAUUUCAUCCUGGAUGAGAUGCUUGCUAACGGCUGCAUAGCGGAAACCAAUAAGGCCAAUGUACUAGCUCCUUUAUAUUUGCUCGACAAACACGGUGAUGGUGCCCAAUAG